CGCCGGUGCGGGCCCGGGCCUGCCCCCCCCGAGGGCCCUGCCCGGCGGUCGGUCAGAAUUCGGGGGCGACGGCGGCGCCGCUGCCGCAUGCGGUGGGAGCGACCCCGGGCUCGCGCUUGGCCGAAGCUGGGCCCUCACUGGGGUUUCAGCCCCCGGGUCUGCGCUUUCUAGCAGCAAAGAAGUACAAAUCCGAGCAGAUACGGGAUUUAAACCCGGGACCGCGUGCUUGUCCGGUGGUUUCGGCUUCAGGAGGCUUUCCAAUUCAGAGCAGGAGAGGAUCUCAUGAAAUCCCUCAUUCUUCGUAUCCAGCUCAGCAUGGGUUACGUUAAUGUUCGAUCACGUGGAACUUCUCUGACCCACAGGUGCGUCAUACUGAGCAUGGAGUCAGCUAGACAACAAUGGCUGGUGAAGACUGUGUAAGAAAACGCCAGUCUGGCUCUGCUACAACCUACAGGACUUCCGAGAAUGAAGAAAUGCAGAGGAGACCUGAGGGCGAGAGGUCAUUUCAAAAUGCAAGCAAUGGCCGAGUUGAUGUCGACCAUGUGAUAACAAGGAAAAUGCAGCUAAUAGCAGAAGCUGAGCAAUUGAAGCCAGCUUUCAUGAAGGAGGUGGACAGUCAUUUCACAGAAUUUGUGAACAGUUUGGUGGCAAAAUCAGCGCUCCUGGAUUCUUCAUCUUCCCUCUUUCCGGCUCCUUGCUCGGAGAAGGACCUACCCAAAGCCAAGAUUGUGAGAGCCCCUCCAGAACAUGGCAAGAUCUUUACUGCCAGGAGAUCCCUCUUGGAUGAACUGUUUGAAGUGAGUCACAUCAGGACAAUCUACCACAUGUUCAUCGCUCUUCUCAUUGUCUUCAUCCUCAGCACGCUUUUAGUAGACUUCAUUGAUGAAGGAAGGCUGGUCCUGGGAUUUGAUCUCUUGGUGUUUGUUUUUGGAAAGUUUCCUGUUGUUUUCUGUACUUGGCUGUGCAUGUUCUCUGCCACAGUCAUCGUUCCGUACAGCCUCUUCUUCCAGUGGGCCCAGGGCUACUGCAGUUCCUCCCAUCGUGUAAUCCGUUCUCUCUUCUAUGGGAUGCUGUUGACGCUCUUCCAGACAGUUGGCCUUGGGCUUGGACCAACCUAUGUUGCUGUAUCGUAUGCUCUGCCUCCAGCUUCCCGGUUUAUUGUAAUACUGGAACAGGUUCGUCUUGUUAUGAAGGCUCACUCAUUCGUCCGAGAGAAUGUUCCCCGGGUCUUGUCCUCUGUGAAGGAGAAGUCCAGCCCUGUACCUGUUCCCCGAAUUACUCAAUACCUGUACUUCCUCUUUGCUCCCACCCUCAUCUAUAGAGACAACUAUCCCAGGAAUCCCACAAUAAGAUGGGGAUAUGUAGCUACCAAGUUUGCACAGGUGCUUGGUUCGCUUUUUUACGCCUACUACAUCUUUGUGAGACUCUGCAUUCCUCAGUUUCGCAACAGUAGUCAAGAAACGUUUAAUCUUCGAGGGCUGGUCCUCUGCAUCUUCAAUUCCAUUCUGCCAGGUGUACUGAUUCUCUUCCUGGUUUUCUUUGCGUUUCUUCACUGCUGGCUUAAUGCAUUUGCUGAGAUGCUGCGCUUUGCAGAUAGGAUGUUCUACAAGGACUGGUGGAACUCCACUUCCUAUGCAAACUACUACCGAACCUGGAAUGUGGUAGUACAUGACUGGCUUUAUUACUAUGCCUACAGAGACUUCCUUUGGUUUUUUGGUAAGAAGUUCAAAGCAGCAGCUAUGCUGUCUGUCUUCACUGUCUCAGCUGCUGUGCACGAAUAUGUCCUGAGUGUCUGCUUUGGCUACUUCUAUCCAGUUCUCUUUUGCCUCUUUGCGUGCUUUGGAGGGGUCUUCAACUUCAUCCUCAAUGACCGUCGGAAAGGGCCCAUCUGGAAUGUGAUCAUGUGGACGUCCCUUUUCCUGGGCCAAGGUGUCAUCAUUUGCCUCUAUAGCCAGGAGUGGUAUGCCCGCCAGUACUGCCCUCUGGAAAAUCCAACGUUCCUGGACUACUUAAAACCACGAUCAUGGUCAUGUCAUGUGCAGAUGUAAAAGUGGUAUGCUCUGGCUGCGUCUUCACCACAGAAGAUCAGAGUCGUCCUUCAAGUGUUUGGACCACUGAACUAACUCACUACAGACUUUUUUAUAAAGGAAGCUAUGCCUCCUGAUUACUGGGGAGAAAAUGUAAUAUUUUUUGUAACUUUACCGAGGCAACCCAGUUGAACUGGAUUGCAACAGGCUUCACAGGCAGCAUCUGGUGCACACUGUCCCAAUCUGAGCCAUUUCCAUGCCAGUAAAACAUUGAGCUGAAGAUGGAGUCUACUUGGAAUCUUACUCAUGCAGGUGUCCAAGUUGCUGCUCUUCUGGACAAUAGAUGCUCUGGUCAGAUUUGCUAGUAGCUCACUGUUGGCCUCCGUCCAUCUAUCUUAGCCAUCUCUUUCCAGUUAUUUUUCCCUUUUGGUAAUGGAAAGUGUCUGCAGAACUUGUAUUCUUUGUGACCCUGUUUAGUGCUAUGGCACUGACAAGUGGCAGAGCAACAGAUUAUUUGCAUUCUUGCUGUGAAAAUAGCCAAAGUAUUCCUGGAUGGCUUUGAGAACUAUACUCAUGUCAGCUGCCCAGAGAUUUAAAAUGGGUAGAGGAAGAGGAGAUUGUCAGCUUACUUGUGAUUGCGUUGGAGAAUGGGUUCUUUCUGGCUUUACAAGAAUUUGCUAUCUUCAGAAGCAGGGCAUGGUGUUUGCAGUUUUUAUAAGUACUUCUUUCUCUUUUUUUUUGUCUACUGAAAGUCCUGGUUUUCUUGGAUAAGUCCAAUCUCUGUAUUUAAGUUUCCAACUGACUUAUAUACUUAGCAUCUUUGUGCUCUGAAGGUCCUGUGACUUGAGGGAUAGUGGUGUUUUUUGUUGUUCUUUGGUAGCUCUUAUUGUUGCUCUAAGAUGAUCAGCUCUCUUAAUACUUUUUUUUACAAGUUAAAGAGCUUUUGCUUCAAUUAGGCAGCUGCUUUAAGGUAUACAACUUGUUAGGCUUUCUUUAGUGAGAAAGCUCUGAAAUACUAUGACCCAACUGUAAGAAAAUGCAAUUGAUUUUACAGGUACUUAGUGCAUUCUCCUUUGAAAUGGCUUCAUCAAAUCCAGUGCCAGCAGGUCUUGGUGCCUCUUGCCAACAUGCAUUGUAACAGCUUCUCACACCCUGUCAAUGGGGAGUAAGGGUAGACCCAGUGGCUGGAGUCAGAGCUGCUUUUCCUUUCUUCUGUGUCUGCUCUUGCAUCAGGGAAGAUUUCAGGUGAAGAUCAGUUUUCUAGGUGUUACCCUCUCCUUCCAAAGAGGGAGGACACGAUCCUGUACAUACUGUUAUGGGGAGAAGUAUAUAUGAAUUUGUGUCAAUAUCUAUUUUGCAGCAGCAGUUACCUGAUCUAUCAGGCAGAGUCCUUUCAGUUUUCUUUUCUGUGCUUAGGGUUUGACAGAGCAAGAUUGUAAAUGCUAUUCAGGUACGUGUAUCUCCAGUUUUACUGCAGUCCCAGCACCCAUUAUUGGAGGGGGAGGGUAACAUGAUCAUAGGUACCUUGACUUUGAUCAGAGGAAUUUCUCAAUUACUCAAACGUUCUUUAUUGGUGCUUUUCAGUAAUGGCUUUUUCUUACUGACCUUCAGCCUAGAUAUUGGAUACCAGUGUCGCUGGGACUCUUGAUGAACUUCUCUCAAUCCACUCAAGACUGUCUUUUAGGCUACUGUUUUUAUUAACCUCAGUCAAAAAAUAAUUUCACAGAAGCUAGGUGAUACUUCAACUCUUCUUGGUUUUCAGUUUUCUGUGAAAAAUCCUGCUCUUCAGAAAGGACAUCGAUUGUGUCAGAUUAAAUUUUGCCAAAUCUAGGCUUUGCGUAUGUGGCUCUCCUCAAAAACAAAAAACAAAAACCCCUCCUGCUGGAACUUGUUUGCUGAAACAGUUCUGCUAAUUCCAGAGGGAGUUUAUGAAUAUAGUUGAACUUGGCAGUAUUAAUAUAUAAAAUCCUGAGAGUGAGAUGGAUUACUUCUCAUUCAGUUUGAAUAAUCCUAAUUUUUUUUCAGGUUACCUUUGGGAGAGGGGGAAGAAAUCUAGACCAGUUAAGGAGUCAAUCUAAACCCAAGCUUCCUUUAUUUUUUUAUAUAUAUACACGUAUGUAUGUAUAUGUGUGUGUGUAUAUAUAUAUAUAUGUAAAAAACCCCAACCCCCAAACCCUUUGUGGCCAAACAGCUUUGUCACCUGCUUAAUAGAGGGUGAAUGCAAGUCCAGUACUCUUGAGUCAUGGUGCUCAAAACAAUUAAUGUACAGAUAUAAUUGCACUCAAAUAGGGUGUGAUGGAUUGGGUACUUGAUUUUUCUUGAUGCCUUUGUCAGGUCUCGCUACUAUCUCAGUGUUCUCAAAAAGAGAGAAAAUCGUGGCAGUUUAUGCCAAGUAGUGGUGUUUCCCUUACAGCUGGCACUGUGCCAUAUCCCUAACGGAGAAUCUCAGCUUUUACUGUGUCGGCAUCCUUUGUGUGUGGAGCCGAAGGGCUUGAGCGUCUGGCAAGCAAAACCCAACCAGAAAGGGAUGCUCAGCUGUUGGAACUAGUCUUAGUUUUUGAUGGGGGGAGGUUUUUAGCCUUGUAGAUCAAGGCAUCUGGUAACUGUGCUGUUAAGGCAUUAAGAAUUUGAGAUUACUUUCAACUUCUUUGGGUUUCUUAAUUGCCUUUUAAUGUGGGCUUGUUUUCAUUUUUCUGAUAGUACUGGAGGGGAAAAAGUCUUUUGCACAUUGCUUGUUUAAUUAGAGUCAACUCUACCAUGUUUGUUUGAGAAGAGUUUUCUUAGGCUGUAGGUGCCAGAGCCAGCAGUAUGGUAUUUGGGCCAAUAACUUGGAUGUUGAGUCUCACAACCUGUCCUUUUCAAAUUCUUAAUAAUAAUGGUAUAUACUGUUUCCUGCGGUUCUUACCAGCAUAUUGAAGAAUUGCAAAGCUUGCUUCCAUGGUAACUCGGCCUGUUUUGAAGUGGGAGAAGCUUUCAGUUCUGGAAUGGCAGCCAAGACAGCUGCAGCUCUUUGCUCAAUAACAUCAUAAAAACCAGUAUUAAUCUGGUGAAACAUGUUCCAGUUUUCAUGCAGAUAACGGUUUGUUCUCAGGAAGACUGAACCUGUGCAGGAUCUUCAUGCCUAGUACGUCUUUUCUGUUGGGAUAUUUGGCUUCCAGUCUCCAAAGUGGGAACGGUCCUGCGCCUGAGCUGUUAACUGCUAUCUUGUGAGAGCAUCCAGAUAAGGCUGCGGUGGGAAGGGGGGAAUCCUGGUAUAUUUUUUUAAUAUGAAACGGUGUGGUUGACAUGAGGCAGUCCACCUGUUUAAUGGAAAACUGAAUUGUUUGGGCUCCUGAAUGUAGCUGGGCCGGCAGGAUGUCCAGACCAGCGCCAAUAUGCCCUGGGAGCGAGCCCACGCGCUCUCGUGGUGCCUCUGAGCCAGCUGGCUUCGGCCUCACCUCCGCUUGCAGCCGGCCCAGCUCCCUGCUUCCAGGGCCGAGGACGGACCACGUGGGACCCAGUGGCUGGGCCUCGGGUGGCUGCUGGCGCAUCAACGUAUGCAACCUGUACCACGUUCUGUCCUGCAGAAGAGCUGUUUAUAUAAUCUACUGUAUUCCAGCAGUUGAAAUAUAUUUUGCUAUUAGGGGAGAAAA